CCAUGAACCGGUGUUUGGCGUUUGUUCUACUCUGUGGAUUGUCUUUGCGAUGCACCUUUGUAGCUGGUCUUACCAAGCUCAACGAGGUGUGCUACCCCCCUCUGGGCUGCUUUUCAACAGACCCACCCUUUGACGUUAACAUCCACAGGCCAGUGACCAGUACACCCGAGUCUCCAGAGACCAUCAAAACCGUAUUUAAACUGUACACACAAAAGAACCGCCAAAAACCAACCGACUUAAAGGCAACUCAAGCUGAGAAUGUCACCAAAAUCUGGUCAAACUUCAUAGUUCGUCCCGUGAAAGUGAUUAUCCAUGGAUACUACGAGGAUGUUUCAUUGGAUACUUGGAUGAAGAAAAUGAAGGAUGAACUAUUGAUCCACGGCGAUUACAAUGUCAUCAUAGUGGACUGGUCACUGGGUGCUAAGUCUACAUAUAGUAUAUCAGUUGCAAAUGCAAGGCUCGUGGGUGCCCAACUUGCUAGCGUUAUCCAGAAAAUUGUCGAUUCAGUUGGUAUACCACCCUUGCUGUUUCACAUUAUUGGUCAUAGCCUCGGAGCUCAUGUUGCUGGUUAUACUGGAGAAAAAAUCAAUGGACUGGGGAGAAUAUCAGGACUGGAUCCUGCAGGUCUUUACUUUGAAAAUACUGACCCAAAAGUUCGACUUGACCCUUCUGAUGCAAUCUUUGUGGACGUCAUUCAUACCGAUUGCAGACCUUUGCCUUACUUAGGUCUCGGAACAUUUCAAGCCUUGGGUCAUUACGACUUUUACCCAAACCUUGGCCAUGACAUGCCAGGCUGCCUCAGGAACCCAGUGACAGAUAUUAAAGAACUCGGACUUCGUGAAGGUGUGAAGGAAACGUUUGGCUGUAAUCAUAUCAGAUCAAUCACUUACUUCAUGGAAAGUAUCAACACAAAGUGUCCAUUCACAGCUUACCCAUGCAACGGAGAAGCUGAUUUCUUGUCAGGAGAAUGUAAGGUCUGCGGGGCUCAGAAAUGUGCAAGAAUGGGGUUCCAUUGCGAACCAUCUAACGGUGUGACCCAAACCUUUUACCUGACUACAGCUGGAUCCAAACCAUAUUGUCAGUAUCACUACGAGAUUAACAUCAAGCUCAGUACCCAGAAUUCUUUCUCAGAGAUGGGGAUUAUGUUUGCGUCUGCUAAAGGAACUUCCGGUGUUACCAAAACAUUUCAAAACCAAGAAAGUUCGACUCUCUUCAAGACUGACCAGACUCUACGACUCACUCUAACUCAUUCCUCUGAUAUCGGAGAGAUACAGUCCGUGACACUUCGCUGGGAGAGAGAAGCCGGAACUCUGGCCACCUUACUCUGGAACCUAUUCUGGCAAAUCCCUCAGAAGAUCUACAUCGAGCGUGUGCAGGUCUACACACCGGAAACAAAUAAGACAGUUGGGCUGUGCGCCUAUGAUCGAUCCAUGGAUCACGACCAAACACUUCUGAUUAACAGCAAGUGCUGAAAUAAAAAGACACAGGUCCAACGGAUUGGAGACGCAUCACUUAAAAGUCACUUGUUAGACCCAUGUACUUUAGUUCUUGUUUUUUUAAGUCUGUUUUUCCCAUCAAAACAUUCCUAUAUAUUUAAUGAU